CACAUACGAUGACUUGGUCUCAAAGACUGACAUUCUCUUUCUCGAAACAUGCGAAAGUGAGAAGUUGUCAAGGAAGUAAACGAGAGAUACCUAGAGGAAAUUCAGGCUGAGCUUCGAGUUCUUGCAGGGUGUUGGCAUCUGUCACCACCACAGCCAGGAGAGGAGACAGGACCAUGUGGCUGUUCCCUGCUCUGCUCCUCUUCCUCCCAGGCUUCUCCACUGCUCAGGAUCCAAUCACAGGUCCAAACAUGGUGAGAGGUCAGGAGCAGGGCUCCUUGACUGUGCGGUGUCCUUAUGACUCAUCCUGGAAGGAUUACAAUAAGUACUGGUGCCGAGGAGCUGAUUGGAGUUCAUGUGAGAUCUUCAUUCAAACCGAUGCAUCAGAGCAGUUGGUGAAGAAGGACUGUGUGUCCAUCAGGGACGACCAGACAGACUUCAUCGUCACAGUGACAAUGGAGGACCUGAGGAUAAGCGAUGCUGGUAUUUACUGGUGCGCGAUUGAGAGAACUGGACGUGAUCCCCAUUUUAAAGUUAAUGUGAAUAUUCACCCAGCCCCAGAAACUUCAACUAUAACAAUGAUAACCAUGGCUCCAGUUCUGACAUCCACACCAUUAACCACCAUGGCUCCAGUUCUGACAUCCACACCAUCAACCACCAUGGCUCCAGUUCUGACAUCCACAUCAUCAACCACCAUGUCUCCAGUUCUGACAUCCACACCAUCAACCACCAUGGCCCCAGUUCUGACAUCCACACCAUCAACCACCAUGGCCCCAGUUCUGACAUCCACACCACCAACCAUGGAGAACUUUGGCAACUAUGGAGAGGCCCAUACCAGCACCCUCACCUGGUCCCUGCUGAGCAGCGUCUACUUCCAGCUCCUGGUCUUUCUGGAGGUGCCCCUGCUCCUGAGCAUGCUUAUUGCUGUCCUCUGGGUGAACAGGCCUCAGAGGUGCUCUGGGGGAGGUGAAGUUGGCCUGGUGAAAGUCCACAGUUCUGAUGCCUGGUACAGAGAGAAAUACCUCCAUGUUGCAGCUGUGAGGGUGCAGAAUUGGGGCUGGUGUUUUCCAGACUGUGUCCCUCUGCGUGGCCCCAGCAAGGUGACAGGCACUGUGGGGGAGUCCCUGAGUGUGCGGUGUCAGUACGAGGAGGAACACAAGACUAAUGACAAAUACUGGUGCAGAGUGACUAUGCUACCAUGCAAAGGUCUUGUCAAGACCAGAGCCUCAAAAGAAGCUGGGAAAGGCCGAGUGUCCAUCAGGGACCAUCCAGCCAACCUCACCUUCACAGUGACCUUGGAGAACCUCACCCUGGAGGAUGCAGGCACCUACAAGUGUGGGGUGGACAUGCCACUUAUUGAUGAUUCCUUAGGGAUCUAUCCCUUCUUGGGGAUUGAUGAUGAUUCCCUCAAGGUUGUGGUGUCCGUGGUCCCAGCUCCAGUCACAGUCUCUUUACCCAAGAUCAUAGCAAAUAUCCUGGGGUCCCCCACAUCCUCACCAGUGCACACUCAGUCCAGCAUGACCACAGAGGAUACAACUCCUGGUCCCAGCCUACAACCCCGGCCCCUGCUGAGCAGCAUCUACUUCCAGGUCCUGGUCUUUCUGGAGGUGCCCCUGCUCCUGAGCAUGCUCAGUGCCGUCCUCUGGGUGAACAGGCCUCAGCGGGACUCUGGGGAGAUGCAGCAUUGUCCCGAUUAUGAGAAUCAGUGAGGUCUGUUGACGUCAAAGCCC